CAUUGCGAGUAUAUUUACAGUAGGAACCGUCUGCUCUCGGCUGUCUGCUAGCCGGCUACAGUGGCAUUAAAGUAGUUAAAAUGUUGUGAAGACGUCGAACCUGAUGCUUCCUGUCCGGCAGCGGUCUGCCUCUGCACUGCCGCUACAUUUAGGUCACAAGCUGGCUGACAACACCUCUCUGGAUUUGCUGACCAGCGAGUCUCACUUCCUCUUUUUUACGGGACAGGUCUACUCGGUGCCAGCAGAGACAUCAUGAGACCUCGUUGUCACUUGCUGAGGAGCAGUUUGUUGUGAGCUGUGUUUCAGUGAAGCAGCUCGUCUGGAGUCAGGAUGGAGGUUUCGGGCAGAGCUGCAGCUACCUGCGUCCUGACGUUGUGUCUUAGCUGUUUGCACGUGAUCGCCCUCAAACCCCAACUUUUCACCAGACUUGGUGGGUCGCUUCACUCCACCCAGACCCCCAUCAGCUAUGACACGGUCUAUUUUGACCAGAAGAUCGAUCAUUUUGGAUUCCUUGAGGAUGGCACCUUCAAACAGAGAUACCUUGUGGCUGACAAACACUGGCAGCAGCCUGGAGGACCUAUUUUGUUCUACACUGGCAAUGAAGGCGACAUCACCUGGUUCUGCAACAAUACUGGCUUUAUGUGGGAAAUAGCGGAGGAGUUGGGCGCCAUGCUGGUUUUUGCAGAACAUCGUUACUAUGGAGAGUCCCUGCCAUUUGGACAAGACUCUUAUAGUGACAGCAAACACCUGAACUACCUAACCUCCGAGCAGGCCCUGGCAGAUUUUGCAACACUGAUUCAGAACCUGAAGACCACUUUACCUGGAGCUCAGCGCAGCCCUGUCAUCGCUGUCGGAGGCUCGUAUGGAGGGAUGCUCUCCGCCUGGUUCAGGAUGAAAUACCCCAAUAUAGUUGUUGGAGCUCUGGCAUCCUCCGCACCCAUUUGGCAGUUCCCUGGUAUGGUGCCAUGUGGAGACUUCUACAAAAUAGUAACACAGGACUUUGCCAGAAGUGGGCACAACUGUGACGCAAACAUCAGAAAGUCAUGGAAGGCUAUUAAAAAUGUCUCUUCCACUGCGUCUGGUCUUCAGUGGCUGUCGGAUGAGUUCAGUUUGUGCACCCCUCUCAAAAACAAGAAUGAUGCUGUCACCUUCAAGAACUGGCUUCAGGAGACUUGGGUGAAUCUGGCCAUGGUGGACUACCCCUACGAAGCUAACUUUCUCCAGCCUCUUCCUCGCUGGCCCAUCCAGGUGGUGUGCAAGUAUCUUGCUUUCGACUCCACUGUGUCGGACUACCAGCUGCUGCACGGCGUCUCCCAAGCAGCGAAGGUCUACUACAACUACACCGGAAGCUUUUCCUGUCUCAACACAUCUCAGACAGCAACCGGCAGCCUCGGUUUCCUCGGCUGGUAUUACCAGGCCUGCACAGAGAUGGUGAUGCCCAUGUGCACAGAUGGCGUCCAGGACAUGUUUGAACCUGAGGAGUGGAACUUCCAGGCCUUCUCUGAUGGGUGUAACGCCAUGUUUGGUGUCAGGCCGCGAGCUGACUGGGCGAGCACAGCCUACGGGGGGAAGGACAUCGCCUCUCACAGCAACAUCAUCUUCAGUAACGGAGGACUCGACCCAUGGUCGUCUGGUGGAGUGACUUACAACAUAACAGAUUCUCUGGUUUCAAUUAUGAUUCCUGAUGGAGCCCAUCACUUGGACCUCCGCUACAGCAAUGACCACGACCCGCCUUCAGUCCAUGCCGCCCGGGCGCUAGAGGUGAAGUAUUUUCGAGAGUGGAUCAGGAAGGCUAAAAAGACACCUCAAACUGCGUUAGGCCCCUAGUCCUUAAAGGCAGCACAAUGUUACGCGCCUGAGGUAUCCAUGAUGUCCAGGAUUGCUGAGCUUUAAUUUGUGUGACGUGGUUUUUCACAGGGUGCUCUCUUCAUCAUUCUACCAAAGUUUGUCCGUUUUUAAUCAGUGUUGAUUUUAAUAACAAUUUCAGGGUUUUUUAAAUCUUACUCUUAAUGUAGCCAUGUUCAGUGCUGGAGUAUCAGUCUGCAAUCUUCUUUGACCCAGUUAGACACACUCCAUGUCUUUAUGCCAAAAUAUACAUUUACAAGGGCUCUGAGACAUGAGGGUGCUGUAUUAUGAACAAAGAUUUAAUCUGUUUGUCAUGUAAAAGCCGGUGAAAACAAUGUUGUGUGUAAAUAUCUUUGUUUAUUCCCGUCAUCAUUUGUUUUCUCUCCCAUGUCAAGUUUGUUAAAACCCACGAAGAGCUCUCUGCCUCCAAGCUUCUGUUUUCUUGUUUUCAGUCAAUAUUACAAUCAGGGAUACAUUCAGAGUUCUUCACAUCUUUAAAUUUCACUUUUGUCUUUUAGUUUCAUCAUUACAAAUUGGCAGCCCGUAACUUGUUUUUGUUGAUUAGACAUUGUUGUCAUUCAGGUGCAUUUGUUCUUUCAAAAUAAGCAAACGCUGUCCAACGCUUCUAAACACGUAAAUAAGUCUCAGGAGAAAAGUUUGGCACCGAAUAUAACAUUUUUUAACAUUUCCUACUGCGCUGAGUGUAAUAUUAAACAUGAUAUUGUUCACAGAACGGUGCCUUCCUCUCUUUUUGAGUUUACUAUUCAUGUCCAGCCUUUAUUUAAUAUACUGUCAUUCCCAAAAAGCACCUCUUCCAGUGAAACUGAUUAAAAAGCUACAAAUGAUAUUGUUGUAUAGUCUU